GGAACAGUCACUUCACUAGAAGCAGAAGCACAUUGCAGUUGGCCAGUGAAGGAAGAUUUUUGUUGUCUUUUUAUUUCUCUUUGGUAGGGAUCUGAGGGAUCCAAAAAGUAUACACCUGCCUAUUUUGGAUAUUUUAUUUUAAGAUCAUCACAAUGUCCAGAGUUGCUAAUCUGUCGAAGCUGCGACAAGAGAGGAUGAGGGAGAUCAACCUGCGGAAUAAAGAGAGAGAGCGCAUGAGGGAGCGAGAGAAGGCGGCAAGGGAGAGGGAGGCACGUUACAGCAAUGGUCACCUCUUCACGUCAUUGACAGUGUCAGCAACCACACUCUGUUCAGCAUGCAACAAGAGUAUUACUGCCAAGGAGGCGCUCAGCUGCCCUACUUGUAAUGUCACUAUCCACAACCGCUGUCGAGACACUUUGCCAAACUGCGCCAAAAUGAAACAGAGGCAGCAGAAGAUGGCCCUAAUAAGGAACAACUCAGCCGUACAGAAUGUCACGCUGCGCACAAAAACUCCAGGAAUGCGCGAGCGUCCAAGUUCAGCCAUCUAUCCUUCUGACAGCUUCCGACAGUCCCUGCUGGGAUCCCGCCGUGGACGCUCAAACCUAUCCCUGUCCAAAAGUGUCUCUACCAACAACAUUGCAGGGACCCUGACUGACAACUCUCCCCUCGGGCUGCGCAGGAUCCUUUCCCAGUCGACAGACUCACUCAGCUUCAGGACCAGAGCUAUGUCAGUGGAGUCUCUCAAUGAUGACGGAGACCUAUACUAUACUGCACUAUUGGAGGAUCUGGAGCUGGAGAGCCAGGACUUUAAGGCUGACUCGUGGAGCAUGGCUGUGGAAAGCAGCUACUUGCAGACACACCGCAAAAACGUCAUCAAGAGGCAGGAUGUCAUCUAUGAGCUGAUUCAGACAGAGCUGCACCACAUGCGAACGCUGCAUAUAAUGGAGAGGGUGUUCCGGCAAGGCAUGCUGGAGGAGCUUCAGCUGGACCUGUGCACUGUGUAUGCCAUGUUCCCCUGCCUGGACCAGCUGACCAGGAUACACUCCCAUUUCCUGGCACAGCUUCUCCUGAGGCGCAACAGCAGUCUGCAGUCUGGAUCCAGCCGCAACUUCACCAUUCACCAGCUGGGGGAUAUGCUACUAGAGCAGUUCUCAGGCCAGUGUGCAGAUGAGAUGCGAAAGACCUACGCUGAGUUCUGUAGCCGCCACUUGAAGGCUGUCAAAUUAUACAAGGAACUGAUGGCCAGAGACAAGAAGUUCCAGUGCUUCAUACGGCGGUUGAGUCGCGGACCCCUGCUACGUUGCCAUGGUGUUCAGGAGUGCAUCUUGUUGGUGACUCAGCGAAUCUCCAAGUAUCCUGUCCUUGUUCAGCGCAUUCUGGACAAUACCAGCGAUGAUGAUGAAGAAGAAGCCUCCUCUCUGGCCCAGGCUCUCUCCAUGGUCAGAGAACUUCUUAGUUCAAUAGACCAACAGAUGGAAGACCUGGAGAAAGCACAGCGUUUGCAAGAGAUCCAAGCCAAGCUGGACCCCCGGGCUGAGGCCAAAGUAAGAUAUGGUGGACUUUUCAAGCCUGGAGAGUUGUUCCGCCGGAGACUUGUCCAUGAUGGGACCCUUUUUUGGAAAACCCCAGGAUCCCGACUCAAAGACACACAGGUCCUAUUGAUGACGGACAUCCUGGUGUUUCUGCAGGAGAAAGACCAGAGAUACAUCUUUCCAUGUGUGGACAAAUCUCCAGUCCUUUCCCUUCAGAACCUGAUAGUGAGGGAUAUAGCCAAUCAGGAACGAGGCAUGUUCCUCAUCAGUGACUCCUCUCCUCCUGAGAUGUAUGAGUUCCAUGCUGCCUCCAAGGAGGACAAGAACGUCUGGAUACGCCACAUCCAGCGCACCGUCAGCAAGUGCCCAUCACGAGAGGAGUUCCCCCUCAUAGAGACUGAACACAAGGCCCAUCUUAGGAGACUCAAAGCUGACCUCCAGCAGAAGGACCGGGAAAUGCUGGAGCUCCUACAGGAGAGGGUGACACUGUUCUGUGAGCUGGCAGAAGUGACAAGUGGUCAGGAGGCCCUACAACCUCCCAUCACUCGCUACUUGUUCAGGGCAGACACACCUCAAGCUCCCCGUGCAGAGAAACUCCUACUGGAUGCUACAGCUGAGAUUGACAGAUUGAGUGAGCUCCUUCUGGGUUCCAGGGUGGACAUCCCUCUUCCGUGCCAUCACAACCACAUGGAGGUGGUAGAAACCAGUGAUCAGGAUCUGUUGGUCAAUGGAGCCCAUGAUUUCUUAGCAUCAAAGGAUUGCUUGAGGAGUCAAGACAAGUCACUGCCUGCAAAGAUCUAUCAGAGGCUAGUGAAUGUUAGUGUUUACCUCCAUGCGCUCCAGGGUGCUGUCAUCAAACAAGACUCUAUUUUGGAACUGCUGCUGCAGCCACAGGAUAAAGUGACACCAGCUGCAGGAGGAGCGUGGCGCCCUCUCUGGCGAGAUGGUGGACAUCGGGAGGCCAAUACAGGAUCAAGCAUCGGGGAGCUGGUUCUUUUGCAGAGACAACACAGCCUGCUGCAGGAGGAGCUGCUGAGGCUGCGGGAUGCUGAGAGCAGGUUCAAGGACAGUGAGAGGGCCCGGGCAAAGCUGGAGAGGCACAUGAAGGUCUACAGCAGUGCUGCAGCUGCCUCCCAGCAGCUUGGGGAGCAGGCUGCUCAACCUGCCUCUCUGCAACCAGGAAGGGAGGCCUCUACCGGAGCUGACACCCUGUGGGUCAGCCUGGUACCUGCCCACCAAUCAGAUGGCCUCCAGGACAGCAGUGAUUUGGAGGUAGACAUGACGUCAGAUGAUGAUGAUGGGACGGCAUCUGAAAGCUCCAAGGACCUUCAAGAUAUCCCAGAGGAGAUCUGAUUCUCUCCAUGUUUCACAGUGCUAAUGAGCUUAUAGCUAUAGUUGACUAUGAUAGAAACACAUUGAUUCCAACAAUGACCAUGUCUAUCUUUUCUGCAAUUCUUAAUGAUUGAAGCUGCUUUGCUUUACGGUAGAUGGUUUGUGACUGUGGGUUGUUUUUAAAAAUGUUCAGUUAUGCUUUGGAUUGUUUGAUUUAUUUCCAUCACUUGCAUUGUUUACAUGAGCAUUUGUAAUCUUCAAACAUGUUCAUGUUGUGCAAAAAUAACUUAAAUCAAAUUAAUGUCAAACAGGUAGGGUUCAUGCUACACAAAGAUAAAACAAAGUUUCUAUUCAAUGCUGCUAGGCAACAACCCACGCUAAAAUACCCUGAAAAUACAUAACCAUUAAAAAUACAUAACCAUUAAAAAUACAUUACCAUUAAAAAUACAUUACCACUAAAAAUGUAAUUCAUUUGCCCUGCAAUAACUGCUGCUUUUACAAUGUGUAUCUUGUUAUGGUUUGUCUUUGUCAGAUCUUAAAGUAGAAGUUAUAACUUCUAAAAAUAACGUCCGAGUCACUCAUGAAACUUGUUGCCAUUGCUGAGGUCUUACUGUGGUCACUGUGGCCUGAUUACAGUAAUGCAGCUCAUCUGUCACAAUGUGGAAGAAAUAGAAACACAUCAUGUUUCAUCGUGUCGCUGCCUCUCUGUGGAUCCAGAAAAAAGCUUGUCUGCCCUCUCCAAAGAUGUAAGGCUUGAAGCUGCUAUAAUCCAUAUGUUCAUAAUCACAAUGUAUUAACUGAUAAGUUUAAAAAGGUGUGAUGAUGCUGGGAAUCACCAGCUGAUAUUGAAGCUUUUUUUAGCUUCUCAAUUACAUUUCGAGGUCAUUUUAGUUGCAUUUCUAAACGAAACGAAAAUGCAACAACAACGUUAAUUUAGUUUCGUAAAACAUUAUGGUUUGGAUAAAAAUUAUUGCGCUAUUGAAGUUUCGGAUGUACAUUUUAAAAAAUGUAAAACGUUGACUUUUGGUUUUGUACUAGAAUUUUGUGAACAUUUGUGAUUCAGAAUUAAUUAAUUAAUAAUUCAGCCGCUUUAUUAUUAAGGGCAACAUCAAAAUUCUGUAAUUCAAAGCUAACAGAAAAAAUACGUCAUGGCCAGAAAGAUCAAGUCUAAAUAAAGUCCUCUGAUUACCAUACCAUCCCUUACAAGAAGUCCUCCAAACUAAACAACAAAAUGAAAUUUAUGAUCAAAAGCAGUUUAGGUCAGUUAUGAUUCAUCUAUGAUUCUGCUAUAUGAUCUGCUACGCUAACAUUAAGCUUCUGGUUGAAAGGAUACAUCAUUGGUUGGAGGCAGACAGACAGUGGUUGUCCAAUCGCCUAACCCAACUUCCCUAAAAUGUUUCAUCCUAAUACUCACACCUGCUGUAUGUCUAAAGAAUUCAUUUAAAUAACUCUGUGUACAUUAUGACUGCUGUGGAUUGAGCUUUAUGAGAGUCCACUUAAAUACAGAGACGUAUUCAUAUUUUAAAUGCAUGUGUAUGAAAAAUAUACAUUAACAAUGUAAUGUAUAGUCCAGCAUUUCACAAACUUUAACUUUUUUAUGUCUGCAUAGAUGUCAGUCCUAAAACCUGGAUAGAUGGAUUAUGUAUUUGUUUACAAACAUAGCAGAGCAUAUUCAGUUGACAUGAGAACAUAUAGGGGCUUUACAUUUAAAUGAUUUAAAAACAUAGUCAGUAGUCUGCUUGGCUUGAUAGUUUUGCAUGUUCUCCAACCUAACCUCUUUUCUUAAUAAAUAGCUUAAAAAAUAAAAUAGCUUUUAGCUUUACUGUGUCUUUAUUCUUAAUAGUUGUUAUUGGAUGUUAGAGCUGGCUGAUAGUAGUCUAGUAACACAAAGAAAGAACAGGCUAAAUCAACUCCAAAUGCCUGCCAAAUGAAUGUCAUAUUUUCUUCAGAAUAUAGCUUUUCAGUGGAUUUUAAAUGUAAAAGUGGGUUGAUCACCAUUUUGAGUUUUGCAAUUGUUUCUGUGGCUGCAAAAUGAUUGUGAACUUAUUUAGAAUGUUGUGACUGCGUGUCUACUUUUCUGCUAAAUGUAUUUUAGGCAUCCAUUUCUUAGAGUGACAUCACUCUGCUUAAACAGUCUGGAUGAGUACAAUAUUAUAUGGCAAAUACUGUUCAAAGCCAACAGAGUAAUGGAUGAGGUAUUAUGAAGUCAACAGAUGCUUUAUUUGUCAGUGAAACUGAAAGGCCGCACCUUAAACAAGGGCUGUGGUUACUUUUGCACAACCUUUUGUCAUUCAUGUAUUACUACAUGAAAAAAAUAAAAUCAUGCCAUACAAAAUGUAA